UGUAGAUGCCCUGAGUAGCUGGAUCGUCCUUCUUUGGUUCUACCUGACAAUGGAAAUGCUUAAGGGUCGUGCCUUUAUUGAAUGCAUUGGUUGGAUAUUAUUCAGACCUGCUCUUCAGAAUGAAAACCAUUGAUGGUUGCAUCAGACGACAACGGAGCUUGUGCGUGUGUGUCAUUACCUUUCUAGAUGUGUUGCUUUCGAAGAAUCUCUAUCGAAGUCAAUAUGUUGUCAAAGAUGGCAGUUGAUGUUGAUGUUUGGUACUGCAUGUCGGUCGGUUGUUGCACCAUGACAUUUGGUGUCUUUUUUUUUUGUUAUUGUUGUGUGCAUCCUUGAUAUCUUGAAUAAUUUUGACAUUGUAUUGUUGCAAAGGCCGGAUGUACAUGAUAUCAGCUUGAUAUUAAUAUAUUAUCUUUUAAAAAAAAUCUUGAUACACAGAAGCGCCACCUCAACCGUGUUGUCAAGAAAUACCAGAGCGAAUCUAGGAAUAAAAUGCAGUGCAUACGAAGAUGAAAAGAAUGUCUGGUCCAACUGAAUUCUGCACCGCACGUUUUAGGAACCAAUUUUUUCUAUGACGUGACUAUUCUGGCAGCUCUAGAGCACUUGGAAAUCUCGAGACGGUCUCACGAUCUAAUUCGUUAGUUGUGUGCGUGUUGUACAGUUGAACUCUCUGACUCACUUGAAAUUUCACGCACUUUAUGUAUUUAUCGUGGAAGAAACAAAGAAACGGACGAACGCAUCUAUUCAAGCUAGGCCACCCAAGAUGACUUGACUACAGUCUACAGGUCUGACCAUGCAAUUUGUUUGUGGUGUAUUUUCAGGUCAGUUGUCAAAGGUGACGAACACUUGGGAUAAUCUGCCCACGUCUCACUCACCCAGACUCGUCGAACGUUGAAACAAAGAUGUAUUCAUUAGGAAAAACUCAAGAGUUCUUUCCACACAAGCAUGAGUCCUGCAUGACGUGAGGCCAAAAGCAUGCAUGCAUGCUAGUACUUCAACAGCAAACGAUACUGGCUGGGCUGUGCUAUAUAUAGCAGUAUCGAACAACAAAGUCGCCAUAGGCAAAGACAUACAAAGUUGUUUCUGUUACAAAGUUAAACACAAUGAGCAUCGUCCUUAGAUGCUUGUGCGUGCAACUAGCCAUAGCCUUGUUCCUGCUCACACAAACCAGCUCCACCGAAACCCAUGCCAACAACACGGGCAGCUGUGUUGCGAGUGAGAGAUCCGCCCUUGUCCGCUUCAAAGCGGGCUUGUCGGACCCUGCAAACUUCCUUUCGACGUGGCGGGGCGACGACUGCUGCCGGUGGAAGGGUGUCCGCUGCAGCAAGAGAACCGGCCAUGUCAUCAAGCUCGAUCUUCAAGGUUCUUAUGACAGCUAUCUAGGAGGCAACAUAAGCUCCUCGUUGGCUGGUCUAGAACGUCUAAGGUACCUCGAUCUCAGCGGCAACGCAUUUAGCGGCUUUCAGCUAGCAGAGACUUUGCCGUCUCUCCACCAUUUGAGGUAUCUAAACCUGUCCAGCUCGGGCUUUGUUGGAAGGAUACCACCACAGCUGGGUAAUCUCUCCAACUUACGUUACUUGAGUCUUGGUGGUAACGCCGACACAUACUCCACGGAUAUCACCUGGCUGUCGCGAUUAUCUUCCCUUGAACACCUGGACAUGAGCUCUGUGAACCUCAGUGCCAUUCCGAACUGGUUGCCAGUCGUGAAUAUGCUUCCUUCCCUCAAAGUUCUUCUUCUUACUAGCUGCCAGCUUAACAACAGUCCUGAUUCUCUUGUGCAUUCAAACCUGACAUCUCUUGAAACUCUCGACAUUUCCUUCAACCUUGCCCCAAAGCGUCUAGCACCCAACUGGUUUUGGGGCUUGACUAGCCUUAAGCUGCUUGAUAUCUCAUGGAGUCAAUUUAGUGGUCCGAUUCCUGACAAGAUUGGGAAUAUGAGCUCCAUGGUGGAGCUCUAUUUGUCACAUAAUAAUCUUGUGGGCAUGAUACCAUCAAACCUGAAAAAACUUUGUAACUUGGAAACAUUGUUUAUACAUGAUGCCGGUAUCAAUGGAAGCAUAACGGAAUUCUUUCAACGGUUGCCUUCUUGUUCAUCGAAUAAAUUUUCAGCCUUGGAUCUAUCUAACAACAGUUUGACAGGAAGCCUACCAACCAAGCUGCAAGAAUCCUGGCUCAAUCUGACCUUUCUCUAUCUUGGUGGAAACAAACUCACAGGUCAUGUGCCGCUAUGGAUAGGAGAGCUCAGAAAGCUAACUGCAUUGAACCUAAUGAACAACUACCUGGAUGGUGUUAUACAUGAAGGUCAUUUCUCAAGCCUAGCAAGAUUGCAGAGGUUGUUGUUGUCAGGUAAUUCAGUAGCCAUCACAGUGAAUUCAACUUGGGUUCCUCCAUUUAAUCUGACAAUGAUUGGACUCCGGUUGUGCCUACUCGGACCUAAAUUUCCGCUGUGGCUACGGUGGCAAACACCUAUAUACCUCGACAUCUCAAAUGCAAGCAUCUCCGACAUAGUUCCGGAUUGGUUUUGGAUAAUGGUUUCCUCAUUGGACUCGGUUAGAAUGCAACAAAAUCAACUUCGUGGGUUUCUACCAUCUACAAUGGAAUAUAUGAGGACAUCUGCAAUGGAUCUCAGUUCCAAUCAAUUCAGUGGUCCAAUUCCUAAGCUUCCUAUUAACCUAACCUACUUGGAUCUUAGUACAAACAAACUAUCAGGGCUACCAUUAGAAUUUGGAACUCCACUACUUGAAGUACUUCUUCUAUUUGGCAAUUCAAUCUCUGGCACCAUUCCAUCAUCUCUGUGCAAGUUGACAUCACUGAAGCUAUUAGACCUAUCAAGAAAUGAGCUCACUGGGUCAGCUCCUGAUUGCAUAGUCAAUCAAUCCACUACAAACACAGAAAGUUUAAGUCUUAGUAAUCUAAGCUUAAGAAACAACAACCUCUCUGGUGUUUUUCCUUUAUUCCUCAAAAAUUGUCCCGACCUCAUAUUUCUUGAUCUCGCACACAAUAAAUUGUUUGGGACUUUGCCAUCAUGGAUUGGGGAGAAGUUGCCAUCUUUGGCAUUCUUACGGUUGAGAUAUAAUAUGUUUCAUGGCCACAUUCCUUUGGGGCUCACGAAGCUAGCUAAUCUUCAAUAUUUGGACCUUUCCAACAACAAUAUGUCAGGAAGCAUACCAAAAUCUAUUGCUAACUUCACGCAGAUGAUUCUAAGCAAAGAUAAAUCUGAUGAAUUCAACGGAGUACUCAAUUUUGAAGAUGUUGUUUAUCGCUCCGACGUUGACUACACAGAGAAUUUCACAAUAGUCACAAAAGGCCAAGAGAGAUUAUAUACAGGAGAAGUCAUAUACAUGGUAAAUCUUGAUUUGUCGUGUAACAACAUAACAGGAGAGAUUCCUGAAGAGAUGGGCGCUCUUGUGGCGCUGAAGAGCCUGAACCUAUCAUGGAAUGCCCUCAGUGCAAAAAUUCCUGAGAAGAUUGGCGCCUUGGUGCAAGUCGAGUCUCUUGACCUAUCACAUAAUGAAUUGUUCGGUAAAAUCCCUACAGGCUUAUCGGCUCUCACCUCACUGAGUCACUUGAACCUGUCCUACAACAAUCUGAGUGGAGAGAUACCACCUGGAAAUCAACUUCAAACACUUGAUGACCAGGAAUAUAUUUAUGUGGGCAAUCCAGGUCUUUGUGGUCCCACGAUCUCCAAGAAAUGUCCAGGAACUGAGUUAAUUCCAGCUACUCUGGAACAUCAUGAAGAUGCAAGCAAUAUGAUCUCGUUUUACAUCGCCAUGAGCUCUGGAUAUGUAAUGGGCCUCUGGGUAGUCUUCUGCACCUUCUUGUUCAAGAGGAAAUGGAGAAUUUUCUGGUUCGCAUUCUGUGACAGCUUGUACAACCGAGUUUAUGUGAAGGUGGCUGUUAGUUGGGCUUCCUGGACAAGGAAAGAUGGGUAGAACGUGAUAUUGCUAUCACUGUUUUUCUUCUGGUAUAUGCUGUCAUGUGUGGGGAUUUUAUGAUGU